AAGAGAAUGAACUCAGUGGGGAUGAAAGAGGCGUUGAGAGGUCUCAUACGACAGACCAGAUCAUCGUUUCUAGAUGCUAGAACACAACGGCUGAUGAUUGCGGAGUUGAAGAAGAGGAUACGCCGUGAUCAGCCGAAGUUGUUUGAUGAGGUACGCCAUCUCAUCUCGAAGGUGUCCGAUGGAGACGUUUAUUCGAUCCCCACAGUGCUGGAAAGGUACUAUCUCCAAGGUAAUUAUAGGGACCAUAAGGAUGUUCAGUACUUUCUGAAGGGCCACCUGGAUUCGUGGCCACAUGAAAGCAUAAGAAGGAUCCUGAAUAACGAGAAGAACACAUUGGAACAGAAGUGCAGACAUAUGAACCAAUUGAAGAGCAUCAAGUUCCCCCAGAGAGAUGAGCGACAGAUACCUUCCAUCUCGAGCAUUAUGGGCAUAUCGCAUGUCUCAAGAGACAUCGAUAUCUUGCCUGUGGAAUCUACAAGGCUCUAUACGGAUAAAGACCAACGAUUUAACCUCAUGUUGACAAAAGUGCUGGCGAUAUACCGAUUCCUAUUGGGAAACACUUAUGUACACUCCAGAAACUUACAGUCACCAAUCGCUAGAAUUCCACUGAAAGUCUCUGGUGAGGACGUUGCGCAGUGUAGAAAGGUCAAUAUAAUAAGGAAGAAGAUAAGGUAUCUGAGACAUGUGUUGAAGUCAAUACCACCUCUGGAGCUGGACGAUCACAACUAUUUGACAAAUCUAUUGGACACGUACUAUCUUGAUCCUCCUAAGGAGAUUGAUAGACACCUCAUGAAGAAGAUCAGAAGAGAAUACAAGAAAUUUCUAAGACGUACGUAUACUGUUGAUCAAGACUCAACAGUAAAGCAUAACAAAUAUGCAUUCAUUAUAGCUAAAAAUGCCCCAGACAGUGCGUACUUCCAUUAGCUGAAUAGCCUUCCUGUACAUAGAUAUAUGCCAUGUGUUUCAUAUUUGGUU